GCAGCCAGCCGCGCAGCAUGCACUGGGGGGUUGGCUUUGCCUCGUCCCGGCCGUGCGUGGUGGAUCUGAGCUGGAACCAGAGCGUCUCCUUCGGCUGGUGGGCCGGGUCCGAGGAGCCCUUCUCCUUUUAUGGGGACAUCAUCGCUUUCCCUUUGCAGGACUACGGUGGGAUCAUGGCAGGGCUGGGCUCCGAUCCCUGGUGGAAGAAAACACUUUACUUGACCGGGGGAGCUUUGCUGGCCGCAGCUGCGUAUCUGCUCCACGAACUCCUGGUCAUUAGGAAACAGCAAGAGAUUGACUCCAAAGAUGCUAUUAUAUUGCAUCAGUUUGCAAGACCUAACAAUGGUGUCCCCAGUUUAUCUCCUUUCUGUUUGAAAAUGGAAACUUAUUUAAGGAUGGCUGACUUACCCUAUCAGAACUAUUUUGGUGGAAAACUCUCUGCUCAAGGGAAAAUGCCUUGGAUUGAAUACAAUCAUGAAAAAGUUUCUGGCACAGAAUUCAUAAUUGACUUUCUGGAGGAGAAGCUUGGAGUGAACUUAAACAAGAACCUGGGGCCUCAGGAAAGAGCCAUCUCCAGGGCGGUGACCAAGAUGGUGGAGGAGCACUUCUACUGGACGUUAGCUUAUUGCCAGUGGGUGGACAAUCUCAAUGAGACCCGGAAGAUGCUCUCUCUUAAUGGUGGUGGUCCCUUCAGCAACCUGCUGAGGUGGGUCGUGUGCCACAUAACGAAAGGAAUUGUGAAACGCGAGAUGCACGGCCACGGCAUUGGCCGCUUCUCAGAGGAAGAGAUUUACAUGCUGAUGGAGAAGGACAUGCGGUCUUUAGCAGGGCUUUUGGGUGAUAAGAAGUACAUCAUGGGGCCCAAGUUCUCCACUCUCGACGCCACCGUCUUUGGACACUUGGCACAGGCAAUGUGGACCUUACCUGGGACGAGACCUGAGCGGUUGAUCAAAGGUGAGCUCAUCAACCUGGCCAUGUACUGCGAGAGGAUCCGGAGGAAGUUCUGGCCCGAGUGGCACCACGAUGACGACAACACCAUCUACGAGUCGGAGGAGAGCAGCGAGGGCAGCAAGACCCACACCCCUCUGCUGGAUUUCAGCCUUUACUCAAGGACAGAGACCUUCGAGGACGAGGGAGCAGAGAACAGCUUUUCCAGAACCCCAGACACGGAUUUCACUGGACACUCGCUCUUUGAUUCCGAUGUGGACAUGGACGACUACACAGAGCACGAGCCGUGCAAGUGACACAGCCUCGUGGGCCCUUCCUGCUGGAGCUGCCGCUGCCUGGGUCGGUCUGGGUGCCCAGGCAGAAAUCCACCGGAGCCGGGAAGAGGUCUCCGUGCCUGGCACCCUUCUCACAAGCGACUGGACGAGAGCAGCCUUAUUUCUCUUUUGUACACAAAAAACACAGAACCGUUCAGAUGGCUCCAUUGCAAACAAACAAACAAACAAAAUGUCAGCAUGGUUCCUGAAAUCCAUUUUUGUUUUCAUUAGAAAACUAAUAUUGUGAGGUAGACCAGGUGCAAGGGCAGGUUUUCCUCCGAUGGUGUAUGUGGAUCCUCUCCAACCUGCGGGCUUCGUUGUGAGAUGAAUUCUUGAACAUCCCCCAUCCACCAGGGUUUGAAGGAAUGAGAGAUGUCAUCAGAAGAAAAAUGUAGGAGAUGAAUGUCCUGUGGCUGUAUUUUAUGCGUGUAUAUUGGACGUUGAAGUAUAAGUUAAAUAAAAUCCAUAGAUAUUCAGUGAACACCUACUAUGUGCAAAGCACUGUGCUAGGUGCUAAUCAGUACAUGUUGUAUCCUAAGCCCUGCCAGGGACCAGCUGUGUGAUUUUGGGCAAGUCUCUUAAUUCUUGUGUGCCUCAUUCCCCCCACCUGUAAAGUGGGGAUAACAAUGCUCUCCACCUACCUACCUCACAGGGGUGUUGUGAGGAUUCAUGGGUUCCUUGUGGCGCUUUAAACCUCUGGGAAGAGGUGUGACAUAAACACAACAUUUUAUUCUUUAUUGUGCUCUUCAUACAUUUGAAGAUUUGAGGGCAAAGGAAUUCCACAUCCAGGCAGUAGUCACUGCAGUCCCUCCAAAAAGCCGGUCAGAUGAGACACACAAAGGCUCAGCCAGGACUCUGUCAUCAUGUCUCUUGGUGCCCUUGCUUGAAUUGAAAUCUUUUGUUGAAAGAAAAACUUGGAUGUAUUUUUACAAAUCAUCAACAGCUACAGAUGGUCUUUAAUUAUGUCUGUCUGCAGAAACGUCUUCCCUCCAUUGCCUGAACGCACCCUGGGAUGUGCCCUUUGCUGAUUCCUGAGUGUUAAGUAGUUUGAUUUAUUUGGUGGGAAUAAAGUUCAGGAAUAUGGGCUUAAUAGA